UGGGCAAUGUCCCACGCCGACUUGCCCGAGACGUGGGCCAAUGUGGAGGGGUAUCCUUGGAUCGCAGGAGAGUUGGGGGACUCUCCGGCGACACGGGCCAUUUGCUCUGAUUGUGCUAUCCAUCCACUUCGACCGAAGUUACUCUCCCUGCCUUCUCUCUCUCUCUCUCUCUCUCGCGCGCGCGCGCGCGUCUGUCUUUACCUCUUCGUUCCCCUAGGUAGUCCUGCUCUGCGCAACGGGCUUAUUCUCAGCUCUCAGCUCUCAGGGAGGGGGCUCUGGGGAUUUGCUGGCAUACCCCUCUGGGAGGGAACCAUUCGCAAGAUUACGUCUGGGCGGGGGUAUCGCGCGAUUGGCUAGUUGACGAUAGAUCCGCAUCUCAGGAUCAGAUCGCUGACAAAUCGCUGAUAGAGAAGAUGAAGCUCCUAAGUGUUUGGCUACUGCUUGUUGCCGUGAUGCGCCUUUCGGCCUUCGUCUGGGGCUAUACUGAUUUGUCCAAGUUGCAAGUGGGCGUUUAUUCGGAGACGGAAUUAUCUCCUCUGCACGGCAGGGAGUUCUCGGCGUGGACGGCGACAACAGCUUCCUUGUGUCUAAUAUGCGCUCUCAACCUCAAUAGCCGCCCUAUCUACUUGGCGACAAUGAUGUCGUUUGUCAUUGCGGAAGCGCAUUUCCUUCUCGAAUUCUUUGUCUUCAGAACUAUGUCGGUACAGACUUUCAUUUCGCCUGCGAUUAUCGCCUCCGUGUCUGCGCUCUGGAUGCUGCUCAAUUGGAGCAACACUGCCUCCAGUGCAAUCUACGACAGCAAAAGGUCGUAGAGUCUUCCUGUCUAUUGCCCGCCUGCUUCCAACUACCUCGGCUUAUCCAUCUGCCAUGCACAAAGAUCCAGUGGAAUCUUCUCCUUCUAGUCUGACUGCCUGCUCCAAACUGUAUACAUAGCUGCCUUCUGAGCUGCAAGUGGAAGGUCUCGGAAUGGGAAAACGCAGGCGCCCAUCGAUGUCGCUUGGUCAGGGACUCUGUAUCUUCACGACUUAACGACAGCGGCUUUCCAGGAGCAUGUACUAAACGCCGGUGCUUCGCACCUACGCAUUCUCUCCUGGGGUGCUUGCACACACUAAGUUCGUAGGUGCGUGGGCACUCCCCACUCAAGCACGCAGAUGGUGCGGGCAACCUUGUACUUUGUUUCUCCAACUUGUAUUAUUGGUAGAUUGUUUGACGAAGUGCAUGAUCCUGUUCAUAGCAGGUAAUAUAUGACCAAGUGCGUGAUCCUGUUCAUACGAGGUAAUAUAUCUACUAUCUUAUUCUCGUUAUAUUUUGGAG